CUGUUUUGUGUGUGUAAGCAAAACUUUUAAGUCAAAAUUCGUAGGGACCAUUUCUGUCCGCUUUUGUCGCUGUUCUGUAGUACUUUGAUGAGAAAAACAAAUAAUUAGAAAUAUUCAAUUAUUAUCUUGUAACGAGUUGGGCUUAUGGGCCGGGCCUAGAUUAAUUAUUAACGAUGUGCAUAUAGUUAGUUAUGGAAAUGAUGAAAUUAAAAGAAAGAAUAAUUAAAAAAUAUAAAAAAGAAAGAAAGGUUUUGAAUACGGGAGCGAAGCAUAGGCGUAUAGGUGGGUUCUCUCAAAUCACGACAAGCCUCUCAAAAUUUUUUGCUCCUCCAUCCUCAUCGCCGGCGAUCGACGACGGUACAGGCUUCUACGUUCGGCGAGGCUGGUUUUCGUUUUCGCAUUUGAUACUUAUCGAGGCUUUCAGAUUAUUAGGAUCGAAACCUGAGGCGUGCCAGCCCUGUGGCAUUUUGGCUUUCGAUAUAUCAAGAACAGGAUUUGAAAAUUUUGGUGAACAGGCGAUUGAGAAAGCUAGGGUUCUAAUUCCUGAGGAUUUUUCCAGAGUGGAUUUGUUGUUUUUUUGGUUUAAUGUACAUUUUGGACUUGAGGGUUUGGGGAUUUUGAAAAUUAUUUCAAUUUUGAAGGGAUUCUAACUAGUAAGAAUGGGUUAGAUAGGAUUUAGGAAUGAUUGGAACGAGAUUCGAGUAAUGUUAAACGGUUUGGUUGAGAAUUAUGAUUCCAAUUCAAAAGGGGAUUAGCUCUUUGCAGCAGCUUCAUCAAUGGCUGAUUCCUUGAGAAUUAGUCUCUCUGAAAGAGACGUCGAACAGGCCAUUACGUCUCUUAAGAAAGGGUCGUACUUGCUGAAAUAUGGACGUAGAGGGAAGCCUAAGUUUUGUCCAUUCCAGCUCACAAGUGAUGAGUCUGCAUUAGUAUGGUACUCUGGGAAAGAAGAGAAGCAGAUUAAGCUGAAUCAAGUCCAGAGAAUUGUUCCUGGACAACGCACGGCUACAUUUAAGAGAUAUCCACGUCCUGAGAAAGAGUAUCAGUCAUUUUCGCUUAUAUGUCCCGACAGGUCCUUGGAUUUGAUAUGUAAAGACAAAGAUGAAGCAGAAGUUUGGGUUGUUGGUUUGAAGGCAUUGAUUACUCGUGUAAAAGUCUCUAAAUGGAAAAACACUAUUAAACCUGAGAUCACUUCCGCUGAAUGUCCAACCCCUCAUGCUCGAAGAGUGUCUCCCUUUGUAACAAUUCUUGAUCAAGUUAUUCAACCCUCUACUGAGACUUCUGCACCUAAUCGGUUGGGAAAAGUGUUUGCUGACAUUGUCUCAAUAACUGCACCCGCCAGUAACAAUCAGACAGAAGCCAAUGCCAACACCUUCUCUCCAUUUUCUCCAGCUCCUUCAAUUGUUGAAAAUUCAAAUUCACGGUUCUCGACCAGUGACCCAGUUCGGAUCAGUCUAUCUAGCGUUUUGAGCACCUCUAGCCAUGGUUCAUUUCACGAAGACUUUGAUGCCUUAGGUGAUGUUUUUGUCUGGGGUGAAGCUAUAUAUGAUGGUGUACUGAGCGGUACUGGAAAGUCACUGAACUCCACGACAGAGGAUGCCCUUUUACCGAAAGCAUUAGAGUCAACAAUUCUUGAUGCCCAAAACAUUGCAUGUGGUAGGUGUCAUGCGGUUUUAGUUACCAAACAAGGAGAGAUCUUCAGCUGGGGCGAGGGAGCAGGAGGAAAGCUAGGGCACGGCAUAGAAAAAGAUGCCCACCAACCAAAGUUUGUUAAUAGUGUCAGAGGAAUUGGUUUCAAAUCUGUAGCCUGUGGGGAUUUCCAUACAUGCGCUGUUACUCAAUCCGGUGAUCUUUACAGUUGGGGUGAUGGCACUCAUAAUGUCGAUUUGCUUGGGCACGGGAAUGAAUCCAGCUGCUGGAUUCCCAAGAGAGUGACUGGUGUCUUACAAGGAACUCAUGUAUCGUAUGUCGCUUGCGGUCCUUGGCAUACAGCAGUAGUUGCAUCAUCAGGCCAAUUGUUCACGUUUGGAGAUGGAUCUUUUGGUGCUCUAGGUCAUGGAGACCGGAGAAGCACAAGUGUGCCGCGUGAAGUUGAAAGCUUAAGUGGACUAAUGGUAGUGAAGGUUGCUUGUGGCGUUUGGCAUACAGCUGCAGUGGUAGAAGUGACUAAUGAAGCAUCUGAUGCAGAAGUUGGCUCUUCAUGCGGGCAAGUCUUCACAUGGGGGGACGGCGAAAAAGGCCAGCUUGGUCAUGGUGAUUAUGAUUCAAAACUAAUUCCCGAGUGUGUAGUCUCGUUGACGAAUGAAAAUAUCUACCAAGUUGCCUGCGGACAUAGUCUCACGGUUUGUCUUACAUCCACAGGACAUGUGUAUACAAUGGGUAGCACGGUUUAUGGCCAGCUGGGAAACCCUACGGCCAAGGGAAACUUUCCUGCACGUGUUGAAGGAGACAUAGUAGAGGCUUCUGUGGAGGAGAUUGCGUGUGGUUCUUAUCAUGUUGCAGUCUUGACAUGUAAAUCAGAAAUUUACACAUGGGGAAAGGGAUUAAAUGGCCAGUUAGGCCAAGGAAACGUUGAGAACAAAAUGGAACCAGCGGUUGUGGGAUUUCUGAAAGAAAAGCAAGUGAAGGCUAUAACAUGUGGAUCAAACUUUACUGCUGUGAUUUGUGUUCACAAAUGGGUACCUGGCUCUGAACAUUCUCUAUGUGCUGGUUGCCGCAAUCCCUUCACCUUUAGAAGAAAACGCCACAACUGUUACAACUGUGGUCUGGUAUUUUGUAAAGUAUGCAGCAGUAGGAAGUCUCUGAGAGCUGCUCUGGCACCUGAUAUGAACAAACCAUACAGAGUGUGUUACGGAUGUUUUACCAAGCUGAAAAAGUCUAGAGAAUCAUCUCCUUCUACGCCAACUUCACAGGCCAGAAACUUUUUGAACAUGCGGAAAUCAACAGAUGUUCCUGAAAGAGACAGCUUAACUCAAAGAUUCCUCUCAGUGCACUCCAGAAUAUCGUCUGCUGAUUCUUUAUUGCAUUACGGUGAAAGAAGGCACCACAGAAGAGACUUAAAAUCUGAAGCAAAUAACCGUAAUGUCUUCCCUUUCAUGAAUGGCAGUUUACAGCCUCUUAGUUCACCAUUAUCCAAAGGAUCAACAGCGUUGCCGAAAAUUCCCAAGGUUAAAAUUCCUGGUUCAGGAGUGAGCUCUCGCACAGCGUCUCCUGUUUCAGUAAAGUCAACUAGUCCACGUCGAUCUUAUGAAGUUGCAGCUGAGGAAUCUAAACAAAUAAAAGAAAGUUUUAGUCAAGAAAUGGCAGGUCUAAAGGAACAGGUAGAACAACUUAAUUUCAAAACCCACCAACUUGAAGAGGAACUCGAAAAAACUAGAAAGCAGUUGAAAGUGGUUACUGCAAUGGCAGCAGAUGAAGCAGAGGAAAACAGAUCUGCAAAGGAGGUUAUUAGAUCUCUGACCACUCAGAUGAAGGAAAUGGCUGAAAAACAAUCUCAACAGGAUGGUAUUAACACCAACUCAAAGCACACAGACAAAGAGACAUCAGGGACAUUAACUCAGACUAGUAGCCAAACACAUAUAAGAAGCAUGGUUUCUCAUGAUAGUCAAAAUAACCUAACAAGUAGGAGCUUAGCUAACGGGCAUAGGAAACACAGUGAGAAGCCAGAGAGAGUUGUGCAAGACGAACCAGGAGUGUAUUUAACAUUGUUGUCUUUACCUGGUGGUGGUAAUGAACUCAAGCGUGUCAGGUUCAGCCGGAAACAGUUUACCGAAGAACAAGCGGAGAAGUGGUGGGGUGAAAAUGGAGGUAAAGUGUGUGAACGCCACAACAUUCUAGUGUCUUAGGACUCAUGUGUCUUCCUACAGUAGAAAGAGAGACUAACAAAGAUAAAGAAAAGAUAGUGACAUAUAGAAUAAAAAGAGAAAACACAUUGAUGUAGAAUUUUUACUUGGAACAUGAUGUUUUUCUGAUGUUCAUAGAAAAAACUGUGUGAUGUAAAUUAUAUUUAAUUUACUCUUUUGUGAAUACAGUUUGUGUUGUUUGCUUAUGAU